UUACAGGCGUGAGCCACCGCACCCAGCCUAAAAAAAAAUUUUUUUUUGAAUCUUUCUUCUGGAGCCAGAUAAAAUGGAUGGGAAAAGAUAACUGGGGAACGAGAAUAUUUCUAGAUCUUUCAUUUUCCCAAGAUGGCUCAGUUGGCCAUCCUAGGAAAUGAAGUGCCCUCAAACCUAUAGUGUCUGUCAUUUCACAGCUACUAUCACAUACAUUUUAUAUGUUGAGAUUUCUACACAAACUAUUAAUCACAAACAACACUUGUUAAGGGAACAUUGAGGAAGCAAAUAUUUUUAGUAGAAUACAGAUUUCCAUAUGAAGAUUUCACAGUAUUCCGGCCUCUGGAAAGGAAUGCUGUCCUUCCGAUUCCCGCCCUUUCUGCGACACCAUAAGUCCUCUCCGCGCCCCUUAGGCAGUUCCGGAGUUGCAGGGGCCGAGGGAGAAUACAUCAAAGUGAUGUCAUUCAUGACUCCGAGAUGGUUACCAUGGCAACUAUCAGACAUAUUACUCUGUCAGUAGGGUAAGAGCCUGUUUAGUCUUCAAUCAAGGGUUUCCUCGGGCGUUAACCACUGCCUGCAGAGUGUGGACUGGCAGAAAAACCCUCGGGCCCCCCAGCACCAAAGCUCCUUAAACCAAGCCCCACAAAGAAGUCACUUCGGCGAUGGGAACGUGGCUUUGCGGCUUCCUGGGCUGCUAAGGUGAAGGACGCCCGCCCUCCCCAGAACUUGAGAGCUUAUUGGUUGGUGAUGUCGUCACUCAGAGUGACAUCAGGGGCAAGGUAAGAGGCGGAGCCGUAGAGACUUGGCUUCUGGCCCUUCUAGCUUGGGGGUCCGGGGAAGGAACUGGGAGGACCUAGGCUGCCGAUCCGCGGAGCCCGGCCGAGGAGGUCCCUAUGUUAACUACUUGAGACAAAAAUAAAUAUGGCCUUCUACAGUUAUAAUCCAGUCUUAGCUAUUGCUCGAACAAGAUUCCCUAGCCAUUUUGUCCAUCCUACCUGCUCUUCUUAUUCCCCAUCAUGUGCAUUUCUUCACUUGCCAGAUUCCCAUUUAAAUAAGACAUGUAUGAAGAACUAUGAGAGCAAGAAGUACUCGGAUCCCAGUCAGCCAGGCAAUACAGUACUUCACCCAGGAACUAGACUAAUACAAAAGCUACACACAUCCACUUGCUGGCUGCGAGAGGUUCCUGGCAAACCUCAGCUGGAGCAAGCCCCAAAACAUCCACAGGUGACGAGCCCUCAGGCCACAAAAGAAACUGGCACGAAGAUUAAAGAAGGCGAACAAUCUUAUAGACAAAAAAUCAUGGAUGAACUUAAAUAUUUUUACAAUGGAUUCUACUUACUUUGGAUUGAUGCCAAAGUUGCUGCCAGAAUGGUUUGGAGGCUGUUGCAUGGACAGGUCCUGACCAGACGAGAGAGACGAAGGCUGUUGAGAACUUGUGUUGAUUUCUUCCGCCUGGUUCCAUUUAUGGUGUUCAUAAUUGUACCCUUCAUGGAAUUCUUAUUACCAGUGUUUCUGAAACUCUUCCCAGAGAUGUUGCCAUCAACUUUUGAAAGUGAAUCCAAAAAGGAAGAAAAACAGAAAAAGAAAAUGGCUGUAAAGUUGGAACUAGCAAAAUUUCUUCAAGAAACCAUAACAGAAAUGGCAAGGAGGAACAGAGCGAAGAUGGGCGAUGCCUCUACACAGCUGUCAUCCUACGUGAAGCAGGUCCAGACAGGCCACAAGCCCAGCACAAAGGAGAUAGUUCGCUUCUCCAAACUAUUUGAGGACCAGCUGGCCCUGGAACACUUAGAUCGCCCUCAGCUGGUUGCCCUUUGCAAACUGCUAGAAAUGCAGACGUUUGGAACCAACAACCUGCUCCGCUUUCAGCUCCUGAUGAAACUGAAGUCUAUAAAAGCAGAUGAUGAAAUAAUUGCCAAGGAAGGGGUGAGGGCAUUGAGUGUAUCAGAACUACAGUCUGCCUGUAGGGCCCGAGGGAUGAGAUCAUUGGGUCUCACGGAGGAACAACUGCGACAACAGCUCACGGAGUGGCAGGACCUCCACCUGAAGGAGAACGUCCCUCCUUCCCUUUUGCUCCUGUCCCGCACCUUCUACCUGAUAGAUGUGAAGCCCAAGCCUAUUGAGAUACCACUCAGCGGGGAGGCUCCAAAGACUGAUAUUCUUAUGGAAUUACCUACUUUCACCAAAUCUAAAGAGAACAUAGUGGAUCUUGCACCUCAACUGAAGGGAACUAAGGAUGAAGACUUUAUACAGCCGCCACCAGUUACAUCACCACCCAUAACACCAUCAACACCUAUUUCAUUACCUAAAGGAUCAAUCACUUCUUCUAAAGAAGCUACACUCCAGGCCAAAUCACAAAUGACGGCCCAGAACAGCAAGGCUAGUUCAAAAGGAGCAUAAGGACUACUUGAGGAUGGAGCUCACUCUCUCCAGCUUCCGGCCCUCAACAGUGGCAUCUGUAAAGGACCUCCCAGCUAAGACACUGUCUGGCUUCAGAGAGUGGAUCAGUCGUUUAGCCCAUGGGGCAGUCCUUUGAGGCCUGGUAACCAUUCCAGGUGAUGUGAGUAGUGAGACCAAAUUCAGACCCCUUAUAAAAAUGUAAUUGCAAAGUCCCAUUUCCUCUGUGCCAUUGUCACCCCACUCAACUUUGUAUAAAGCCCACCCCGCACCAUGUUGUUUUUUAAAUUUCAUGUGUACGUCCCUUAAGAGAGGAAAUUUUUUGCAGAAUGGAAUCAGCUUGGCACCUUAGAUACCUCUGUCUCCUAUGGCUUGGAAUUCUGAGUAAGAACUUGGAAGUUCCAAAAACCAUUUUAGGAGCACCUGAUUAACUUUCUGAAUGAUCCACCAGUAGAAUCAGCACCCUGGAAACAAAGUACCUUAUGAGACGGGAUGGAUAUACUCCCCAAAAGAUCUUUCUGGAUAUAAUGAAGCUUCUUGGAGAAAAUGGGGAGUUAAACAGACUGGCAAUCAGAAAGAUUUGGCUGCUUCUGACAUCCCCCUCUUGGGCCUGCAGAGGCUGCAGCAAUCUGCUCGGCAGCCACUCUUCUAGCGCAUAUGGCUUUCAUUAGCCACCAUUUUGCUAGGAAGCAUAAUUAAGGGUUUAAACCUUAAUCA